AUGGGAAAACAGCCAGCUGCAAUCCUCGUCGUCCGUCAUGGUGCCCGCCUUGAUCAGGCAGAUAGGAAUUGGGCAGCCACUGCCGAAGCCCCCUAUGACCCUCCUCUGUCCUAUGGCGGUUGGAUUCAAUGCCAGUCUUUGGGCCUGAGGAUCAACAAUGAACUGCACAAUCUCGACAGACAGCCCAAGCCCCAAAGCGAUGGCAAGGAAGAUGGAGUGCGAGAGACCCAGCCUCGCAAGAGGCGGAAGAUCAUUAUCCACAGUUCACCAUACCUGCGAUGCGUCCAGUCUUCCAUUGCCAUUGCCGCUGGCAUGCAACAUCCUCAAAACCACUCCCGACAACGCUUGAGAUCGCGCCAAAUCUCGGCCCGCUCUAAUAUCUCGCCUAUGGAUGAGGCGCAGGGUGCGCCCUUGGACUCGGGUGAUGGUGAUCAAACGCUUCUCCAGCGUGUGCCAAGCAAAGACAAAGAGCACACAAAUCGUCUUGGUUACAAUACCUGCAAGCUGCGCAUUGAUGCAUUUCUUGGGGAGUGGCAAACCUCUAGCUAUUUUGACGAUGGCUCUGCUCCUCCCCCUUCCGCCGUUCUUGUCUCACAAGCCAAAAUGAGCUUGCAGAAGCCACAAGAAGAGAUCAAAGGGGCCGAUCUCUCGGGCUCCCCGGCCUUCAACCUACCACCAAUUGACACGGAAGAGGGAGAAUCCGAAAGCACGUCCAUGCCCGUCCAUGAAAAGACUGGCUUACGGGCCAUGGCAGCCGUUGGUCAUUCUCUCCCGAAGCGACCACGCAAUAUCUCAUUUGGGACCGAGUUGGCAAAUGGUGCUCGAAUACUGAACAGAGCUCUUCAGGGAACUAUGGGCUACAGCCCACCCAUACCGAACUAUGCAAUUGGGUCCUCGGACAAAAUCCCACCGGGGUUUGUGGCCCAUGCGCGAGAUGCAUGUGUCGAGGUUGACCAGCAGUGGGACAGCCAAAAUGAACCACUUGACUGGGGUGAUGGUGGUCCUUUUGACGAGGAUUGGGGCAAAAUGCACCGAAGGUUUCGCAAUGGUCUGCAGAAGAUGAUCGCGUUCUAUGAGAAUCCAGCUGGCGCGGAUACAGAGAAUAGCGACCAGCAGGAUGACGACGAAGAUCUCGUGGUUAUCCUGGUUACCCACCAGGCUGGCUGUAAUGCUCUGAUCAGAUUGCUGACAGCUGCACCAGCCUUGCGUGAUGUGGGCCUGUCUUCCUUGUCUAUGGCUGUGAGGAAGGAGGCACAGCAGGCUCCCCCAGAGCCAUCGUCCCCGACACGCAGAAGAGGAUCUCUGGAUUUGGCAAUAUCGGAGGAUUACGAUAUGAAAAUCAUAGCCUCUACCGAACAUCUCCGUGGCGCGUCCAACCCACUGGGUUUGAACUCGCCUCGACUCGGAAAAUCGCCAGCAUUUGCCAGUCGUCGGGCGGUAGGAGCCGAUUCCCCGGAAGGUUUCAGCCUAGGAGAGUCCAUAGUACCGCGCGGCUCUGCAUCGAUGAUGCCCGGCAGGAGCAUAAGUCAGCGAUCCCAUGCUGCAGACGCGACGGAUUCCUCUGGGCCUCCUACAGGACUCUGGCGGCGAGGAAGUCGGUACUCCCGCGACGAGACGACCGAGUCGUCGAGUGAUGCUUUCGCAACGCCAAGUUCGGUAAGCGUGGGCCGAUCAGAAAGUAUCCAAGAGGAGUUCCCGCUCUGGAGCGGGAGUGGUUCUGGCAGCGGGAGUGGUUCUGGCAGUGGCAGUGGAACGAACGCCCAGGUGAAGAACAGCGACGAGAAAUCAGUCUCGCCCCUUUUGCCUGUUCGUAGUGCGAGUCAAGCAGGGCUUUGGGGUGGCGAGUCUUCGAUCAGAAGGGAGAGGAGUCCCGGGAAAAGACGAUGGACAGCCGUUGAGCGAUCCCCUUGA